AAAGCGGUUGGUUGCGGCAGGGACUACACCGGUGUAUCAUGGGAGCGGCCCGGGCUACACGUUAAAAACAGUAAGGGGAGCGCGCGAAGCAGAAUUUGGCGCUCGAUGGGGCCCGUUAGCCGCCCCAGAGCGCGCGGAGCCGCAGAGGCGUAGCUGGACUACAACGCAGUGCAUCUCGGGAGGCCAACUCGACUGGACCGGGUGAGAGGACAGAGAUGGCUCGAUGGGCGGCCCGAAGGCCGGGGAUCAUGGCGGACAGGCGGGCCCAGCCAGAUUCAGCCCCGCCCCGCCGCUCCCCACCCCCGGCCGGCCUCGCGUGCCUUCCCGCAGCACCGCCGUCCCCGGGAUGCUGAGCGCCCACCGUCUCCCCGCAGCCCCCUCAUGCCCGGCUGCGAGCUGCCCGUGGGCACCUGCCCGGACAUGUGCCCGGCCGCCGAGCGCGCCCAGCGCGAAAGGGAGCGCCGCCUGCACCGCUUGGAGGUGGUGCCGGGGUGCCGCCAGGACCCGCCCCGCGCCGACCCGCAGCGCGCGGUAAAGGAGUACAGCCGACCCGCUGCCGGCAAGCCCCGGCCCCCGCCCAGCCAGUUGCGUCCGCCCUCCGUGCUGCUGGCCACCGUGCGCUACCUGGCCGGUGAGGUGGCGGAGAGCGCCGACGUCGCCCGCGCCGAGGUGGCCAGCUUCGUGGCAGACCGCUUGCGAGCUGUGCGCCUGGACCUGGCCCUGCAGGGCGCGGGCGACGCCGAGGCAGCGGUGGUGCUGGAGGCGGCGCUGGCCACGCUGCUGGCCGUGGUGGCGCGGCUUGGGCCCGACGCGGCGCGGGGACCCGCGGACCCGGUGCUGCUGCAGGCCCAGGUGCAGGAGGGCUUCGGCUCGCUGCGGCGCUGCUACGCGCGGGGCGCCGGGGCGCACCCCCGCCAGCCUGCCUUCCAAGGCCUCUUUCUGCUCUAUAACCUGGGCUCCGUGGAAGCCCUGCGGGAGGUUCUACAGCUGCCUGCUGCCCUGCGCACCUGCCCGCCCCUCCGCAAGGCCUUGGCGGUAGAUGCUGCCUUCCGAGAGGGCAAUGCUGCCCGCCUGUUCCGUCUGCUCCAGACCCUGCCCUACCUGCCAAGUUGUGCUGUGCAGUGCCAUGUGGGCCAUGCCCGCCGGGAAGCCCUGGCCCGCCUCGCUUGUGCCUUUAGCACCCCCAAGGGCCAGACCUUGCCUCUGGGCUUCAUGGUCAACCUCCUGGCCCUGGAUGGACUCAGGGAAGCACAGGACCUGUGCCAGGCCCACGGGCUGCCCUUGGACGGAGAGGAGAGAGUUGUGUUCCUGAGGGGUCGCUACGUGGAGGAAGGGCUACCACCUGCCAGUACGUGCAAGGUGUUAGUGGAGAGCAAACUUCAAGGACGUACCCUGGAGGAGGUGGUCAUGGCAGAGGAGGAAGAUUAGGGCGCGGACAGACCCGGGUCCCCAGCCUGAGGAGGGAGCGUGAGCCUCCCAGAGCCCCAGGACUGGGCCAGAGCACUUAAGUUUCUUUUUCCAUGGUUCCCAGAUAAUAAAAGGAACUUGUUUUGUUGGUA